AUGACUAACAAAUUGAAUGAAGUAAUUAAAAACAAGACCUUUGGAGUUGUUCUUUCAAUAGUUAAUCAAAAUGAUGAAUUUUUUGAUUUGUUAAAUAUUUCAAAUGAACAAUCAAGCCAAUUAAACAAUGAGAAUGAUUUUUCAAAUUUUUUUAUUAAUAAUUCAUCCCAAAGCAACGAGGUUUCUGAUUCUCAUACAAUUGCCAUGGCAGCAAAUGUUGUAGCAGAUUUUAAUAUAUUAAAUCUUUGUGACGAUGAUAUUGAAAAUGAUUUAAGAGAUGCACAACUUUUAGAUAAUCAAAAUCUAGAGACACAUAAAAACUUUUAUACUGGUAUUACAAAAGCAAGAAUUUUGAAUGUUUUUUAUCUAGUUAAUUUGCGAAAAAAUCAUAAAUGCUAUAGUAAUCAAAAUAUGGAAUGA